CGUGUGUCCAAUGGUUUAUUUAGAACUCCCAAAGCUUCCCUCUCUUCUUCCUUUGGCUUACCUUAUCCUAUCCCAUAUCUCUCUCUCACACUCUCUCUCUCUCUUAUAUCUCCUUCAUGAUACUUACUUCACUCUAAUAAGCUCUCUCCGCCUUCGCUCUAUCUCUUUCACUUUAUCUCCAUAAACAUUCAAUAACUCCCUCUCCUAGAAUUUCAUCCCCACACACUCUCAUAUCCACCAACCGCGCCAAUCGAUUCAUUUCUAUUCAUUCCAGUCCAUUCCAUUCCAGUUCAGUUCGGCUUCUGGUCUUUGGGCUCCCCAUCAUAAACUAUCAGACACGAAGCGUGUAGUAUAGUCAUUUCAGUUCAGUUCGAUUCGGUUUGGUGCUUGAGCAACCUUCGCUUCGCCUCGCCAUGUAAAGAGCACCUCUUCUGCGGGGAUUCGCUCUUGCUUCACUACUCCAAUCGGUUUUCCAGCAAUACUCAUGUUAAUUAUUUCAUUCGUCAUUUGAGUGAAAUUCACCACCUGGGUCAAAGCUGAAUUUUGAGGAGCUUAGAGAAUUCAAACCCCCGAGCAAAGCAAGUCAUCUUUUCUAUCGAUAAAAAGUUUCGAUAAAAAUUUUGGGUUUGGUUCAUAUAGAAAGUGCAGUCAGCGAAAGGAGGGAUUGAGGUGUGGGGGAAGGGCUUAAAAGCCACUCGCCAGCUUCCAUUCACAAAUGGCCCCUAAGACCGGAAAGGCUAAGCCGCACAAAGCCAAGGGAGAGAAGAAGAAGAAGGAAGAGAAAGUUUUGCCAACCGUGGUCGAGAUAACUGUUGAUACGCCGGAUGACUCUCAAGUAAUGCUCAAGGGUAUAUCUACGGACAGGAUCUUAGAUGUUAGGAAGCUGUUGGCAGUCCACGUGGAGACAUGUCAUUUGACCAAUUUCUCCUUAUCUCACGAGGUCCGUGGUCCCAGGCUUAAAGACUCCGUGGACAUCCUCAGUCUCAAACCCUGCCACCUCACCAUCAUAGAAGAGGAGUAUACGGAGGAGCUUGCGGUGGCCCACACGCGGAGGCUCCUCGACAUCGUCGCCUGCACCACUUCCUUCGGCGCUUCGUCCUCCCCCUCGCCCAAGACCCCGGGCCGGUCCAGCCCCAAAGAACCCGGUUCGAAGGAUCGACCCGGCUCCAGCGAUGCCGAUUCGGCCGCGGCUCAGGGCUCCUGCUUGGAGAUCCACGGGAAGAUCGGCGGCGAGAAGGCGGACACGGCGGCGAUGUCGAUGUGCCCGCCGCCGAGGCUGGGGCAGUUUUACGACUUCUUCUCCUUCUCUCAUCUCACCCCACCCAUACAAUACAUACGAAAAUCUUCUCGGCCGUUUCUUGAGGACAAGACAGAGGAUGAUUUCUUUCAGAUAGAUGUUCGAGUUUGCAGUGGGAAGCCAAUGACGAUUGUUGCUUCAAGAAAAGGAUUCUAUCCUGCCGGGAAACGGCUUCUUCUAAGCCACACUUUGGUGGGACUGUUGCAGCAGAACAGCCGGAUCUUUGAUGCCGCAUACAAAGCGCUCAUGAAAGCUUUCACAGAGCAUAACAAAUUUGGGAACCUGCCAUAUGGCUUUCGGGCAAACACUUGGGUGGUUCCACCAAUUGUUGCUGAUAACCCGUCGACAUUCCCGCCACUUCCUGUGGAAGAUGAAAACUGGGGUGGAAAUGGAGGCGGACAUGGAAGAGAUGGGAAGCAUGAUAACCGGCCAUGGGCCAAAGAAUUUGCAAUCUUGGCUGCUAUGCCCUGUAAGACCGCGGAGGAGAGACAAGUCCGUGACCGGAAGGCCUUCUUGCUCCACAGCCUUUUUGUUGAUGUUUCUGUGUUCAGAGCCGUCUCUGUUAUUAAGAGUCUCGUUGAGAACAGCGAUCUCGCCUUGAGGAAUGGUCCAAUUUCGCAUGAAGAAAGAGUUGGAGAUUUGAUUAUUAAGGUGACGAAGGACUUGGCCGAUGCGAGCACAAAGUUAGAUUGCAAGAAUGACGGAAGUCGGGUCUUGGGACUGUCUCAGGAGGAGCUUGAGAGGAGGAACUUGCUCAAGGGCAUAACUGCUGAUGAGAGUGCAACUGUUCACGACACAUCGACUUUAGGCGUAGUUGUAGUCAGGCACUGUGGCUUCACAGCUGUCGUCAAAGUGUCAUCCAAAGUAGACUGGGAAAGUAAUCCUAUUCCCCAAGAUAUCGACAUCGAAGACCAGCCAGAAGGUGGUGCAAAUGCCUUAAAUGUCAACAGCUUGAGGAUGCUCCUGCACAAGUCGAUCUCUCCUCAAUCAUCAAAUCCCCUGCAGAGGUCACAAAGCGCAGAGUCCGAAAGUUUAAGAGGGGCAAGGUCUUUAGUACGAAGAGUUUUGAAGGAAAGUUUGGAGAAAUUGGAGCAAGAGAGCUCUAAGUCCAAUAAUUCCAUCAGGUGGGAGCUCGGAGCUUGUUGGGUUCAGCAUUUGCAGAACCAAGCUUCUGGGAAGGAUGAUCCAAAGAAACCCGAGGAAGCGAAGGUGGAGCCCGCUGUUAAGGGCCUUGGGAAGCAGGGUGGCCUGCUAAAGGAGAUCAAGAAGAAAACUGACAAUAAAAGCAGCAAAACUGACCUUGGAAAUUCUCCAACGGGUAAUACUGGUGACAGCAAUGAGAAAUCAAAUACUAACGAACAAGAUGAAGAGAAAGAGAAGAUUUGGAGAGAGGUGCUCCCUGAGGCAGCCUAUCUUCGCCUCAAAGAAUCAGAAACUGGUCUCCAUCUUAAGGCACCUGAGGAGUUGAUUGAUAUGGCACACAAAUAUUAUGCUGAUACAGCACUUCCGAAACUGGUGGCAGAUUUUGGCUCUCUUGAGCUUUCACCAGUUGAUGGAAGGACAUUGACAGAUUUUAUGCACACAAGGGGAUUGCAAAUGUGUUCGUUAGGGCGAGUGGUAGAGCUUGCAGACAACCUUCCUCAUGUGCAGUCUCUCUGCAUACAUGAGAUGGUUGUCCGGGCUUACAAGCACAUCCUGCAAGCCGUUGUUGCUGCAAUCGACAAUGUCGCUGACCUGGCAGCCUCAGUCGCCUCAUGUCUGAAUGUACUGUUGGGUACUGCAUCCGGUGAGAAUUCCGAUGCAGAUAGCAUUGGUGAUGACGAGUUGAAAUGGAAGUGGGUGGAAGGCUUCUUAUUGAAGAGGUUCAAAUGGGGAUGGAAGCAUGAAAGCCGCAGGGAUCUGAGGAAGUUUGCCAUUCUUCGUGGAUUGUGCCACAAGGUUGGGCUUGAGCUCGUCCCCAGGGACUAUGACAUGGACUCUGCAUCUCCAUUUAGGAAAUUGGACAUCAUAAGCAUGGUUCCUGUUUAUAAGCAUGUUGCAUGCUCUUCUGCUGACGGGCGGACCCUCCUUGAAUCAUCCAAGACUUCACUUGACAAGGGCAAAUUGGAAGAUGCUGUUAAUUAUGGCACUAAGGCACUGUCGAAACUUGUCUCUGUCUGCGGUCCCUACCAUCGAAUGACUGCAGGAGCAUACAGUCUUCUUGCCGUAGUUCUCUACCACACUGGUGAUUUUAACCAGGCUACUAUAUACCAGCAAAAAGCAUUGGAUAUCAAUGAGAGAGAGCUCGGUCUUGAUCAUCCCGACACGAUGAAAAGCUAUGGCGACCUUGCUGUUUUCUACUACCGGCUCCAGCACACUGAAUUGGCUCUCAAAUACGUAAAUCGAGCUCUGCAUCUACUGCACUUGACCUGUGGGCCAUCUCAUCCAAACACUGCUGCCACCUAUAUUAAUGUGGCCAUGAUGGAGGAAGGCUUAGGGAACGUUCAUGUUGCCCUUAGGUAUCUCCAUGAGGCUCUCAAGUGCAAUCAAAGACUCCUUGGAGCGGACCACAUACAGACUGCUGCUAGCUACCAUGCCAUUGCGAUUGCAUUGUCACUGAUGGAGGCUUACUCCCUCAGCGUCCAGCACGAACAAACUACCCUGCAGAUAUUGCAGGCCAAACUUGGGUCUGAGGAUCUAAGGACACAGGAUGCUGCAGCUUGGCUCGAAUACUUUGAAUCCAAGGCUCUUGAGCAGCAAGAGGCUGCUCGAAAUGGUACACCGAAGCCUGAUGCCUCAAUCUCCAGCAAAGGUCAUUUAAGUGUCUCGGAUCUUUUAGACUAUAUAGCGCCUGAUGCAGACAUGAAAGCAAGAGAUGCCCAGAAGAAGGCUCGUGCAAAGCUUAAGAAGGCAGGCCAAAACUGGGAGUCCAUUGAUGAUUAUCAGACAGAUGAUAUUGUUUUAUCGCCUACUGAUAAUAAUGUGGAAAAUUCAAGUGACAAGGAAAACAAAUCAGAGAUUAAUCUCCCCGAGGUUUCAAAAGAGAAGCAAAGAGAUGAACCUCCUCAGGUAGAAGAACCAGCAAUCAUUGUAACUGAAGAAACCUUGCCAGAUGAAACGUCUGAUGAAGGGUGGCAAGAGGCGAUCCCGAAAGGUCGAUCUCCAGCUGCUCGGAAGUCUUCAAGGAGGCCAAGUUUGGCAAAGAUAAAUACGAACUUUAUGAAUGUGCCCCAGUAUUCAUCUUCAAAAUACCGGGUGAAAGAUGGGAAUUUCACCUCUCCUAGGACGGCCUCUAGCGAAUCUCCUUCACCAGGACCAAAGAAAUUCGUCAAGAGCCCUGGAUAUAGCCGAAAGCUGGUUAACCAAACUGGGUGGACCGAGAAGAUCCCAAACCAGAAGCCAGCUGCCCCUAACCCUUCUCCUGGUACUGCUGAUCAGGCUACUCCAAAACCUACAACUCCGUCAGGGAACCAGAAAAGUGCUCAGGCUGCAGGGAAACCCUUUUCGUACAAGGAAGUUGCCUUGGCCCCACCUGGAUCAAUAGUAAAGGCGGUUGCAGACCAGCUGCCUAAGGAAGGCCUUCCAGCAGAAGAAACCCCGCAAGUGGUCCAAGAGAUGGUUGUCUCUCAGGCUGAAGAGACUAAAGAACCGGUGGAAGAAGAAAAAGAUAAACCUGGGGAUUCUACUAUUACGGCAACAUCAGAUGAGAAAGUAGAGGUCGUUGAUAUACCUGUAUCUGAAGACCUGCAACCUGCUGAUCUCAGAAGUGAUGAACCAGCAGAAAAACCAACAGAAGGUUGCUUAAGGACUUCAACUAGUUCUGAAAGCACGGAAUGUCCAAAUGGAAGUGAAGCCAUAGUGUUGGAAUGUCCAAAUGAGAAAGAGGAGACUGCAGACGAGAAUCAAAUUUCACACGAUGUACUGAGCGGUGAUGGUAAUAAGCUCUCACCAACUGGAGCCAAGCAAGAUGAGGCGACAGUAAAGGAGAUAACAAAGAAAUUAUCUGCAGCUGCACCCCCGUUUAACCCUUCAACAGUUCCAGUUUUUGGGUCUGUUCCUGCUCCGGUUCCAGUUCCUGUUCCAGGGUUUAAGGAGCAUGGUGGCAUCCUUCCCCCUCCAGUAAAUAUCGCUCCGAUGAUUGCAGUGAAUCCAGUCCGCAGGUCGGCACAUCAGUCAGCUACGGCAAGGGUUCCCUAUGGUCCAAGGCUGUCUGGUGGCUACAAUAGGGCAGGCAAUCGGGUUCCCCGCAACAAACCGUUCCACAGUAGUGGGGACCAUCCGGGUGUAGAGAUGAACAGCCACUUUAGCCCUCCAGGGAUCAUGAAUCCACACGCAGCGGAAUUCGUCCCCGGCCAACCCUGGGUUCCAAAUGGGUACCCAGUAUCUCCCAACAGUUACCUUGCCUCACCCAACGGGAUGCCACUCUCACCAAAUGGUUUUCCGGUCUCACCAAAUGGUAUUCCAUCACCUAUCAAUGUAACUCCAAUUGCUCCAAAUGGGUUUGUGAUUGCUCCAGUGGAAUCAUCGGCUGUUGUGGCCGUUGAAACCUGUGACGAAAACAUAGCUGAAGAAUCAUCAGUGGAGGUGGGAACCGCGUCCGAGGUUGAGGUGGACAAACACUCAAUCGAAGAGAAGGAAAUCCCAGAAGACGUUGGGGAGAAGCCCAAGGACUUAACUCAUGAUCAUGACUCUGAUACCACGAAGAAGAACGACAUGCCCAAGAAUGAUCACGCCGAAGUCCAGGAGAAACCAGCCAAGUGUUGGGGGGAUUACAGUGACACUGAAGCUGAUGUUGUCGAGGUUACAAGUUAAUGGAAACUGACGGAUUUGCUUUAUCAUAAUUGGAGUCAUAUAUUCACAGGUCGAUUUGGAAAGGUUGCAGGAGAAAGGAAACCAGGAGAUAGUUUAUUUUCAUUUCCAACAUUGGUGAGGAAAUGAUCGGUAAAGUCUGCAAUGCGAAUGCCUUCAGGAUUCCUCUAGACAUUGCACUGCAGAAACAGAGAUAUACAAGAAUCAUGCGGAAGAAGAUCUUUUCGAGCUGAUAGGAUCUGUUUUUGAACAGUAUUUAGAUCUAAUUUGCUUCAAAAGUUGAUUAUUUCUCCAGUUUACUGUCUUUGCAGUGUUGUAAUUUAUUAUGAGUUUGGAAAAUUUGUUGGAACAAUAGAAAAGAAAACCUCUGAACAUGUUACCGUACUGUCCAAGUUGUAACUCGGGGAUUGUUCAGUGGGAAGUUUCUGUAGUACUAAUAAAAAGUCCAAAAUUUCCUUUCUGUAAA